AUGGGAUUGACUUCUAAACUCGAAAAGCUUAAAUUUGGCGAUCACGAGAAAGCGGAAUCUAAGCAAGCUAUAGCAACCAAUGCCAAUGCAUCCUCUGAAGGUGACACAGACGAUAUCGAUGAAAUGGACAAUGAGGGGCAAUCAAUCUUGAUGGGUAUCAUUGCACAAUUGAGACCUGGCAUGGACUUAACAAAAAUAACUCUUCCAACCUUCAUUUUGGAGAAGAAAUCGAUGUUGGAAAGAAUAACGAACUUUUUUCAGAUUCCAGAUCUAUUGCUUGAAGCCAACCACACCCAGGAGCCAGUAGCAAGGUUUGUUAAUGUUUUGAAGUGGUACCUCGCUUCGUGGCACAUUGCGCCAAAAGCAGUGAAGAAACCUCUCAAUCCGGUACUUGGUGAAACAUUUUCUUGUUAUUGGAAGGAUUUACCAUACAACGCAGGUGAUGCUUACUACUUGUCUGAGCAAACUUCUCACCAUCCCCCAAAAUCAUCUUAUUUUUAUUUGGUUCCGAAAGAAAAGAUCAGAGUUGAUGGAACUGUCAUUCCCAAAUCGAAAUUUUUGGGUAACUCCUCAGCUGCAAUAAUGGAAGGGUUAGGACAAGUCACGUUUGGAAACUGGAAUGAAGAACAGUAUGUAUUGAGCCAACCAAACGUUUACGUGAGGGGAAUACUUUUUGGUAAGAUGAAAACUGAAUUGGGCGACCAUAUGAUUGUUAGAUGCGAGGCUUUGGGACUCGAAGCUGAUAUUGAAUUUAAGACCAAGGGCUUUAUUAGUGGAACAUACGAUGCAAUCGAGGGAUUCAUUAAGGAAAUUGGUACCUCGAAAGAGUUGUUUCAAUUAACCGGUAAGUGGAACGAUGUCAUCGAUAUCAAGGAUUUGAGCACGGGAAAGAAACUGGUGCUUAUUGACACCCACAAAACCAUUCAAGUAAAACCUCAAGUCAGACCCUUAGAGGAGCAAUCCGAGUAUGAAUCUAGAAGAUUGUGGAAACCCACAACCGAUGCUCUUGCACGGAGAGAUCACUCCACGGCUACUGAGGAAAAGUUCAAGGUGGAGAAUGAGCAGCGUGAGAAAGCAAAAAAGCGUUUGGAGGAUGGUGUUGAGUUUCGCCCAAGAUACUUUAGGCCAGUCGAUACUCAAGAUCAUUCGUCUAAGGAUUUGGGUGUUAUUUUCAAUAAGCACGUCAAUCUUGCCGACUCACCAGAGGAAUUGACCCAAAGUGUGUUGGCUACUGCUCCAUUCCUACCAGGUCAGAAACACAUUGAGAAGUUCGAUAUCCCGCCAUACGUGGAGCAUUCAGUACCAACAGGACACAGAUAA